AUGGUCAUCCAGCUAAUAUAUCUGGGUGUGUCAUAUGUGCUGCUGAAAGUGGUCCCGAUUGUGUAUCAGUACAUAUACUCCAAGUGCAGGAAUCAUCAGGUGUGGGAGGGGAUAAGAAAGAAGUAUGUCCUCAUCAAUGGGGCGACAGGAAAGGUUGGAAGGGGCCUUGCAAAGAAGUUUGCAGAGAAAGGGAUGAAGAUUCUUCUUGUUGGGAGAAGCGAGUCCAGACUGACAAGGCUUCAUGCAAAAAUAGAAAGAAUGACAGAAUGCCAUAUGCACAUUGUAGACUACAAAAGAAGCCCCAAUAUAUCCUUUGUAGACAAGUACGACAUAGGGAUCCUGGUUAACUGUGCCAGUGCCAUGAAGGAUAGCCCUGCAUAUUUUGUGGAGCAGUCUGUUGAGGAGAUCAUGAAUGCCAAUCUUGUAGGCGUGAUGUCUUUGACAAGAUAUGUACUUGUCAAUAUGAUGGAUUGCGGAUAUGGAUAUGUAAUCAACGUUGGAUCCUUGAUGGGAGAGGCAUCAACUCCCUUGUAUUCUGCAUUUGGAUGUUCUAAACAAGCGUUAAAGGCCCUGUCGGACUCUCUUUAUUAUGAGCUUGAGGGAUAUAAUGUGAAUGUAGAAUAUAUGGGAGUUGGAAGUGUAUCGUCUGGAGAGGAUGGAGAAAAGCCCUCGCUCUUAAGGCCUUCUUCGGAUACACUUGCCGAGUCGAUUCUUAACACAUUUGGAUCUGCAAAAAUGUCUGUACCUUACUUCCCACACUUCAUCCUGUAUCUUAUAAUGCUUUGCAUUCCCUCUCCACUUUUGAGUAGAAUAAUUCUCCGAAGAAAUAAAAAGGAAAUGAUUGAGGUGAGGAAUCGAGAGCUGAAUCUUGAAAACCAGAAAAUAAAAUAG